UCACGCGCACGCUGGAGCGGGGUGGGAACCAUCUUGACGUCCACGCGGCGUCUUUGCACACAUACGUUCCAAUAUGGCCACUUCUCAGGAGCUCCCUCUCGGCUCAGGAAAGUCACGCUGCACGCGCGACGGAGGCGAGCCGAGGCAGGAAGGAGCGGCUCCACCGCGCGACACGAAGACUGUAGAAGUACGAAAGGACCAAACAGCGCAUAAAUUAAUUAACCAGGUCGCAGAAGAGCUGCCGGCCAAUCACAGCUCGCCUUUUAAUGACAGCGUCUCCAAUUCAGGCCAAAACGGUUUUAGUUUGUUUUAUUGCUCACAUCUAUCCAUCUCUCCAUAUUAGAAUAAAAACAGGGGUUAAGUAAUACACACACGGAGAAUUUAUUGCAGGCUGCUGACUGCAUUAGAUAGAAAGUGACAUAAAGAAAGUUAUACAAGUUAUACAAACGGCAAAUAGAAAGAGAAAAUGAUCAGUUGUGACAUUUUGUUACAAAUUAUAAAUAACUAAUAAUAUUUAAACCUGUUUCAUUAUUUAUAUGCAUUGCUGAGGCUGUACUGGCUUAUGACCAUUUUGAACUGGACAUACAUUUUAAUACAGCUGAUUGUGAUUGAUUUUUUGAUCUAAGAUAAAUUAAACAUUAAACAUACAAAUAAACAUAAUAUAACAUUUAUUAAUUCCUAUUUAGCAUAUGUGCUUGCUCAUAGCCUGGAGCUAUGGGGAUGCCACUAACAGUUUCUUCUUGUUCUUUUUAUUACCGAGGUUGUUAAAAGUAGCAUAACAUGCAUUUGUAUCUGCUUUGUAGCCCAUUCAAGCAGAUAUCACUUUAUUUUAGAUUCAUUAAAAAAACAGGGUGACGAAUAACCUACAUUAUUCAAAUUGCAUCCACGUAUGCGCUCAUCCCGGAAAAGGAGUCCUCCAGGUGGGGAGGAGAGAAGGGAGCAGCCAGGUGAGAGACACUGCGCUGCCUCCAGGACAAAGGUGGAACAGGAUCCGGCGGCUGCUGCCGUUAAACUUUUAUAAACCUACGGUCUCAACAAUGGUCUUGACGCAAGAAUCCCUCCUGUCUGCGCUCAUAGCGGAAGGCGGCCGCGUGAAGAAAUCCGACUUAGUGGAAAAGUUCAAAGGUCUGGUAGAUUGCGCCGAUCCCGCGGAGAAAGCCCGGAACAGGGAGCUUUUCAAGACUUUCGUCAACAACGUCGCCUUUGUGAAGGAAAUCGACGGUGUCCGCUAUGUUGUCGUUAAGCGAGUGUACCAGCAUUUGGUGGAGAAUGACCGCACUGCGCAGGGCAGUGGAGCUCAAGAGGUCCCGCUGACAGGUGAGCAGCAGCGCCCACCUGCGCGGUCGGAGGCUGCGGGGCGGAACGAAUCAGCUGAUCGAGACCCCGAAGGGGCGGGAGAGAGCGGAGAAAACCCCUCUGAGCUACUUUCCCCCAUCGAGCUGGCGCUGCAGAGGACGAAGUAUACAGACAUCAGAGUGAGAAGGAAGAUGAGCUUUGGCGUGCGUUCCGUGGACGCGUCUGGAGGCAGCUGUCCCAGGAAAGGUGCGUUCACGGAGCCCAGCGCCCCCCAGAGCAAACCGUACGCUCUGCCCCUGAGGAUGCCUCCCAGCGCCACCAGAGUGGAGGUCCGCAAGCUGCAGGUGGACCCGCGUGACCCCCCCACGGAGGGGACCAAGACUGAACGGCUGAACGACUCCCCUCAGAUGAGGAGGGCCGCGCAGAGCGCCAGGGCCCCGGAGGAGCCCAAAGGCGCCGGGGGCCCCUCCUCCGUGUCCCUGGAGGCGCUGGAGCACGAGUGGCUGGUGAAAUGCGCCUCGGGGCUGUGGAGCCAGGUCUACGGCCUGCUGCUCAGAGACAACCUGCUGGCGCGGAAGAAGGACUUCAUCUCAGGCUUCACGGUGCUGCACUGGGCGGCCAAGUGCGGAAACAGCGAGAUGCUGGUCAAGGUCGUGGACGUGUCCAAGCAGGGGGGCGUCGACCUGGACAUCAACGCCAGAACGCACGGCGGAUACACUCCCCUGCACAUCGCCGCCCUGCACGACCAGCAGUACGUGAUGGCCAUGCUGGUGGGCGAGUACGGCGCCGACGCGAGCGCCCGCGACAACAGCGGCAGGAGGCCCUGCCACUACCUGCACGGAGGCUCGUCUGAGACGCUGCGAGGGAUGCUGGGCGCCGCGCCGGGGGCCGCGCCGGGGGCCGCGCCGGGGGCCCCGCGCCACAGCGAGGAGCCGGAGCCCGGCCCGGAGCUCUCCAGAGGACGCCACUCCAUAAGCCGCCUGUUCCAGCCGCACGUGACCGGCGUCAGGAGGAAGGAGAAGCAGAGGCCGGGCUUCUACUCGCUGAGCCACGAGCCCACGGAGGAGCGCGAGUUCAGGCGCAGACCCGUGUCCGAUGCCUUCACGUGACUUUUCCUUCUGCUGCUCAGACCUUUUCUUGUUUUUAUGUGUGAUUCAGCGUUUGUGCCGUGAAUAUGAGAUGCAUCGAUCAAGCAGUCUUGAAGGCAUCAUUGUUUCAGCUUUGAAAUGAGCCUGGAGUCACAUUUCUGCAGUAUAAUCAUUGUGUAUUAAUUAGCCUGUACUUGUGCCAUUUAUUAAUUCUAAAAAUGUGUGUUUUUUAGACUGACUGAUAUUUAUCAUUGCAUUUCAGCACUUCACAGUCAAUCAACAACUCUGGAGGCAGCACAGUUGUGCCAAAACAACAAAUCAGACCUAAAACGCCCUCUUUCAGUAUUUCUGAUUCUAUUUCUGAUUAAAAAACGAAUAAACACAAACCACCACAUUCACGGUUCCUUCACAUCAAGACUUGACUUGUUC